GAUGCACACAGCAAUAUCCCUGCUCAAUUCUGCGUUUUCCUCUCAUCUCCUUUGCCGCCCGUGUUCUAGACUCCCACUUCUUCACGUCAAGUUUGUUUCACCCCACGUCUCACCCCCACCGGCCACCGCGUCCUUUACUUCCUCCUCGACAGCGCCGGCCACCGCACCGUCCGCCUCCCCUCUCCAGCCAGCCAUGUCCAAGUACGGCACCAUCCCCUCCUCCUCCUCCUCCGAGCCCCCGCCCACCGCAGGCUCCUCCCCGCUCGACUUCAUCUCCCGCGCCAAGGCCCUGGGCGCCUCGGCUCUAUCGACGCGCCGGCCCUGGCGCGAGCUCGCGGACCCGGGGGCCCUGGCCGUGCCCCGGGGGCUCGGGGACGCCUACGCCCGCGCCCGCGCCAACCUCGCGCACUUCUCCAUGAACUACGCCAUCGUCGUCCUGGCCGUCGUCUUCGUCUCCCUGCUCUGGCACCCCUGGUCCCUCGUCGUCUUCCUCGCCUGCAUGGUCGCCUGGCUCUUCCUCUACUUCCUCCGCGACGUCCCGCUCCAGGUCUCCGCGGGCCGCGCCGUAAUCGGGGACGGCGUCGUGCUCGCGGCCCUCUCGGGGAUCACGCUCGUCCUGCUCCUGCUCACCGGCGCCACCGCCAACAUCCUCGGCUCGCUGCUCGUCGGGGUCGUGCUCGUCCUUGUGCACGCCCUGCUGCACCGCCCCGCCGACAGCAUCGACGAGGAGGCUGGACGGUGGUACACGCCCGUCCCGCCGCCGCCGCCGUACUAGUCUGAUCUGAUCCAAUUGUGAGCUGCUCGUUGUCUCUUCUUGUAGAUCUCUUCAAUUGUUCCCUGGUUUGUGAAUUGUGUUCCGUCGUUAAUUCCUUGUGGAAUUUCAUCUGUUCGUUCUUGAUCCAUUUCUGCGCUUGUUACUAACUAAACAAUAAUGUGGGGAAUUUAUGUUAUUGUUACGUUUUGUAUCUUA